AUGAAGCACCCCAGACUGUGGGACCAACAGGACACCAAAAUCAGAUUCGAUAUACUGUCUGCGAUUAUGAUUGACUUUGAUGCAAUUCCAGGAACUUCUCACUUGGUCGAGUUUGACCAAGUCAAGCUUAACGAGCUCGAGGUAGAGCCCAAGGAAAAAGACGUGGUGUUGAUCCCAACUCCAACAACUGAUCCAAAUGACCCACUGAACUGGAGUCUUCGCAGAAAGUGGCUCAACAUGUUUUGUAUGGUCGUUUAUGUGUUUGGAAUUGGAGUUCCAUGUUCGUGCUUAUUCUCUGUGCUCCCUCAGAUCGUGGAGGUGAGACACAUCUCUUUGGGUGCCCUGAACACUUCGACUGGUUACAUGUUUCUUUUCUAUGGAAUUGGUACAUACUUCUGUAUGCCCCUUGCUUCCCAGUUUGGAAAAAGGCCAGUCUACCUCUUUAGUCUAUUCAGCGUUAGUUUGGUCACAUUAUGGGAGGCUUACGCCAAAACCCAAGGUUCCUUCACGGGUUCCAAGAUUGUGCAGGGCUUCCUGGGGUCACCCAUUGAAACUCUCUGCGAAGUCAGUAUUUCUGACAUGUUUUUCGAGCACGAGCGUGGUACCUGGAUGAGUGUAUAUGCACUAGCAUUGUUUGGAUCAAACUAUGCUGCUCCAAUUGUUGCUGGGUUCAUUGCUGACGGUCAGGGCUGGCAGUGGGUGAUCUACUGGAGCUCAAUCUGGACUGCCGUUGCUUUCCUAUUUCUGUUCUUCUUUAUGGAAGAAUCAAACUACACCCGGCCACUUGAUAUUGACUCAGAUGAAUCACAAAUUGAGGUCAUUUCGAGUAAUGCUAAAGAGGCUAAUGUUACCCAUAUUCAACCUCGCGAUAGUAUCCGUUCUAUGGGUGUAGAAGUGUUGAAGGGUAACAUCCAGAUCGACAGUUCAAUCCCAUUGAAGUCCAAAAAAGAAAGAUUUGCUCUUUGGACGUAUGGCGAUAAGAAGUGGUUUAUAUAUUAUCUCACAGGCCCGUUUUUGAUGCUCCAAUUCCCUGUGGUCAUUUAUUCUGGUUUUCUGUACGGUGCCUCUCUGUUUUGGUACUCCGUCAUGAAUGGAACUCUGACUACGGUCUUCGGAGGCGCGCCAUAUAAUUUUUCGUCGGCCAUGUGUGGACUUGUCUAUGUUUCCCUUCUCAUUUUUGCUGCCAUCUUCAACUUCUAUGCUGGCUGGACCGCAGAUUGGCUCAAGAUCAAGUUGGCAACCAGACGUGGGGGAAAGUCUAACGCAGAAGAUCGGUUAUGGCUGCUUGGACUUUACAUGUUCAUCGGACCUGCUGCACUUUUCCUGUUUGGUAUUGGAGCUUAUUACCAAAUUCAUUGGUUUGCUGUUGUUAUUGGUGCGGGGAUUACUGGAGGCUCCGUCUUGCUGGGGUGUACGUCUGCUUGCAACUACACAAUCGAUACUUAUCGCGAGAUGGGUUCUGAGGCAAUGAUUGUGGUCAUUCUGAUUCGUAAUUGUAUGAACUUCGGGAUGGGUUAUGCAAUCACACCUUGGGUCAAUGAUUUGGGAUACAAGUACUGCUUUUUGAGUGCUGGGUUCAUCUGCUUUGGGUGCAUCAGCACCUUCCUUAUCAUGGAGAUCUGGGGCCCAACUUGGAGAGAGAAGACCAAGGGAAGAUACUGGAAGAUUAUACAAGACAGAAAGGCUGCUGGAAUUUCUCGCUGA